AGUGCAACCAAGCGAGAAGCAGUCCGUGUUCUUCGAGCCUUCAACGAUGGCGCAUAAGCUCCUCUGCUUCGCCGCUCUCAUUUCCAUGGCGGCCUUGGCCGCCGGAGCAACGACGUCGUCGGAGGACACGGCGGCGCUGCUGCUCCCGGGCUCGACGGGCUCGAACCAGUGCGUGUACACGCUGUACGUGGAGACCGGGUCGAUAUGGAAGGCCGGCACCGACGCGGCCAUCGGCGUGGAGCUCUACACGGCGGCCGGCAACGGCAUCCUCAUCAGGAACCUGCAGGCGUGGGGCGGGCUCAUGGGGAACGGCCACGACUACUUCGAGCGGAGCAACGUCGACAUCUUCAGCGGCCGCGGCCCGUGCCUGGGAGCCCCCGUCUGCCGCAUGAAGCUCACCUCCAACGGCGCCGGCGAGCACCACGGCUGGUUCUGCAACUCCGUCGAGGUCACCGUCGCCGGGCCGCACGCCAGGUGCACCAGGGCGGCGUUCAACGUCCAGCAGUGGCUCGCCACCGAUGCGCCGCCGUACCAUCUCUACGCCGAGCGGAGCGUCUGCGGCAGGAUCACCACGACCGCCGCCGCCGCCGCCGUCGAGAAGGAGAACUGAGUGCAAUG